AUCCGACGAUACCCUCCAAAACUCGCCGCCAUACACAACGCCUCCUGCCGCCACCGCAGCUCAGCAUGGCAGACAGAGCACCGCCGCCUCCCAUGCCGGGGCCUCUGCCCUCGUCCUUUGACGACAACCUAGACUUUUACAACGAGCGCCCGAUGCAAAAGGUCGUCCGCAAGAUCAAGGAAGAGCCUCUAGUACCGCUCGGAAUCGGUCUCACCGUCUUCGCCUUCGUCAAUGCCUACCGCGCGCUCCGCCGCGGCGACUCCCGCCAGGCCAACAAGAUGUUCCGCGCCCGCGUCGCCGCGCAGGGCUUCACCGUCAUCGCCAUGGUCGCCGGCAGCAUGUACUACAGCAAGGACCGCGAGAAGACCAAGGAGCUGCGCAAGCUCAAGGAGCAGCGCGACGCCGAGGAGAAGCGCCAGAAGUGGAUCCGCGAACUCGAGGUGCGCGACGAGGAGGAUAAGGCCAUGCGUGCCAGGCUGAGCGGGCGGUCCAGCUCGGCCAGCGAGACGCCGGAGCCGCCUACGCCCGCCGCUGUCACUGCCGUCGAUGGCGAGACUGCCCCGGAGACCAAGUCGCAGGGCACGGGUGGCAUCUUGGGCAAGAUGGGCUUGUGGUCACAGGGCGAAAAGGCUGCGGCGGCAGAGGCGGCGGAGCAGCAGCAGCAGCAGCAGCCCGCAGGACCUGACAGUGUGGAAGAAAAGAAGCCGACGCGAAAGGAGAACCCCAAGAGCUCCCUCGGAGCUAUCGGCGAGGUCAUCGCAUCCAAGAAGAAGGACUAGACGUGGGACUGUGCGCGUGCGCGCUGGGGAGAGAAUGACGUGCCCAUGUUCCAAUCGAUCUUGGGACGGCGUUGAGGAUGGAAUUGGCUCUCAAAAGGCUGUACGAUAUACGCGACGAAGCUGCCUUUGGCAUUAUAGCCCUACUCUUGUACACUGCAUGCCGUCAUUGCACGGCCACUUCUUACAGCACAUUCAUUCAUACUAGAGUAUUUUUGUUGGAUUGCG